AUGCAACAACUUUUCGAUUGUCCAAUAUGUUUAUAAACAUUGUUACAACCAAUCACUUUAACAUGUGGUCAUACGUUUUGUAAACCGUGUGUUCGUAAUAAAUACUUCUAUCAAAAUUACAACUCUUGUCCAGUGUGCAGGGCACCAAUUUAGAUAUACUUGAAUUAGUUUAAGGUUAACAUUCUGUUGGAGACACUUAUCAAAUAGGAAUUCAAUAGUGAAUAGAAUUAUUAGUUGAGAGUGUUAAACUAUCAAAAGCGAUUGGAUUUGAGAAAUAGAAGGAAAUGGUAUCACACUAUGAUGUUAAUUAUAUUUGAAUAUUCCAAAUAGAUAUGGAGAAUAAUCUAAAAGAUGUUGCCACUUUACUUAAUAGUGUUGGUGAUUUUGAUGUAUAUGAGUGUGAAAUCUAAUUUGAGGUUUGAGAAAUUACAAAAAUAGUUUACUAAACGUGUUAAGCUAGAAAAAUUAAGUGAAGAGAUAGCUAAAAUGGUAUCAUUACUCAAGGCAGAUAAUCAAGAUGCAAAAGAUUUGGACAUAUAAAAUUUAGUGUUUUCCAAAAUAGUCAAGUACUUAUUUACAAAUUGUGUGAGAUUUUGA